UCCGAAAAAUGGCUGUCAAUAUGAAGUUUCUAUGUAUGACGUCCGUGCUAUUUGGCGUUUUAGAGCAAAUAUAUGUCAUGGCAGAUACUAAACCUGCUGAAUUAGACCCAGCCAUCGAAAAGGAAGAAGAGAGACAGGUUAUAAAGACGCAUAAAAUCGACAGCUCCACCAUUUUGAUGUUGCUCGGCCUCCUCCUUCUCACUAUUCUCACAAUCUGGUUCUUCAAAUUCCGUCGAUUUCGAUUCGUGCAUGAGUCGGGGUUGUCAAUGAUAUACGGUAUGAUUGUUGGAGUAAUAAUUAGAUAUGCCAAUCCUGAUCAAGAAACGACACCCCCACAUGUGAAGAUCAUCAACAGUGGGAAUGUAUCCUACACAGCUAACAAGGCCCCAGAGUCAGUGCUCCUGGAUCUGGAGGACAGGAACAAAAGUAUUACUGUACAAUACAACAUCUGGGGAGAAGUUAGCGAACAGGAAACAAAAAUGUCACAACUCAUAAUGGCCGUGACUUUUGAUCCAGAAUUAUUUUUCAAUGUCCUGCUGCCCUUUAUUAUAUUUGAAGCAGGUUACAGUAUGAAAAGGAGACAUUUUUUCAGAAAUUUAGGUUCUAUAAUGGCAUUUGCAUUCAUUGGUACAACCAUUUCCUGUCUAGUGGUAGGAGGAAUUAUGUACGGAGUUACCCGCCUAAUGCAGCUGACUUCCUUCACACUAAAUGACUGUUUCUUUUUUGGAGCUAUAAUCUCGGCCACUGAUCCAGUGACUGUGCUGGCAAUCUUUAGUGAUCUGAAAGCUGAUGUAGAUCUGUUCGCUUUCAUUUUUGGUGAAAGUGUGUUAAAUGAUGCUGUUGCCAUAGUUCUUUCAGGGGCAGUAGACAAUUACGGCUCAUCAGUUUCUAAAUCGGGAGAAUCCCAGGGAUUUAGUGCCCAUGCAUUCUUUUCUUCACUUGGGAACUUUGUAGGGAUAUUUGCUGGAGCUUUUACCAUAGGAUCUCUGAUUGGAUGUAUAACAAGCCUCUUGACAAAAUUCACAAAGAUUCGAGAUUUUCCACUGCUGGAGACUGCCAUGUUUUUUCUGAUGUCAUACAUGUCUUUCCAGGCGUGUGAGGCCGCGGGUCUUACUGGCAUUGUAGCAGUGUUAUUCUGUGGAAUUACGCAAGCUCAUUACACCUAUAAUAAUCUCUCCAUAGAGUCCAAACUCAGGACAAAACAGCUGUUUGAAUUAAUGAAUUUCCUGGCAGAAAAUUUUGUAUUUCUUUAUAUUGGAGUAGCAGUGUUCACAUUUCACUCACAAGAGUGGAACAUAUUCUUUAUUUUAUCAGCCAUUCUGGCCAUUUUUAUUGCUAGGUUUUUCAAUAUAUAUCCAUUAUCACUGUUACUAAAUCUAGGAAGAAAAAACAAAAUCAGCAGAUCAUUCAUGCAUAUGAUGAUGUUUUCUGGAUUAAGGGGUGCCAUAGCAUUUGCCCUUGCUAUAAGAAACACAUCUACAGAAGCUCGUAAAUUGAUGGUGUCUGCCACUAUGAUAAUUGUCAUUAUUACAGUUAUACUUGGUGGAGGUCUGACUACACCCAUGUUAGGGUGGUUGCAGAUCAGAGUGGGUGUUGAAGAUGAGAAGGAAAUGACAAAUUUUGCUGGACCUUCUGGGAAAAAAAAAUGGCAGAGGCAAUACAGUACUAUGGAGAACAUGAAAGAUGAUGCUCAGCCUCCCAUGCGGGAAGAUAACAACUCACAACAAGCUUUACCUUUGUUGAAGGGCAGUGCUGAUGAAACAGAAACUAAAAAGAAAGACAAGGCCUAUCUUGUGGGAAAGUGGCAUCAUUUUGAUGUCAGGAUAUUAAAACCAUUCUUAACUCACAGCCGUCCAACACUGAUGGAAACCUUACCUGCGUGUUGUAUGCCACUUGCCAAAUUAUUAACUACUGAAGAACAAAUGUUGGAGGGGAGGACACAUAUUGAGGAGGAUUCUGAUACGGACAUGAUAAUUGACCACAGGGAGCUCUCUAUUGGCGAGGAGAGCAGUAAUAAUGUCAGUGCCGUCACAACCCCCCAACCAGGCUUUCAGGAAGUGGAGAUUCAUAAUCCAGCCAAUCAGGUACCUAAAGAGAGAUUUGAAAUAAUGCAUAAUAGAUUAAUAGGAGAUGCCAUUAAACCAAAAAACAUUUGUGUCAAUAUACCAGGGCCCUCUGGAGACAGAGUGUGAUUAAAUCACAGGGAAAGACAACUCCUCUGAUAGCAUAUUGCUGGGGAUUAUUUUAAUUCAUUAACAUUUAUUUGUUAUGGUAUUUGCAUCGUUACAGAGAUAACUUCGAAAAUUCAUGUUUGUUUUAUAUAAAGCUCUUCAAAUAAGGCUUAUUCAAAUUGGUUGACAACUGAUCAAUCAUUGCCAGUUUAACAGAAUGAGGGAGAAAUGUAUUUUUUGUUUUUAUUCUCGGAGGAAUGUGUUGUAGCUUCAUGAUGUGUGAUUGA